CUCCUCCUCCUCCUCCCACCACCCACUCUCCACUGUACUGACUCAAUCCGCUUUGGCAAAACCCUUCUAUCUCUCACUUUUUUGCUCUCCCGGUGUAACUUUAAUGAGGCGGUGACCCCUGUGUGCCGACAUGAGACCGAGGGGGCGCCUCGUCCUGCUGCUGUGGAUGCUCGUCUGCUCGGGCACGACGGAGGCGAUCGAACCCAUCAGCACCAGCAUAGCGGUCGGGAUGGCCGCGGCUCUGACCGGCUUUUUGGCCAGCUACCAGAACAUCCUCUACUACUUCCACGAGUGCUGUCGACCCGAGUGGAUUUCAUUCAACAGGACAGGUCUCGAAGCUGACCUGGAAAGCAAGCUGUUCGGGCAGCACAUCGCGUCCCGCAUCAUCCUGAAAGCUGUGACUGGAUUCAUGAGCAACGACAACCCGAAGAAGCCCCUGGUGCUCUCUCUGCACGGAUGGACCGGCACAGGGAAGAACUUUGUUAGUCAGCUGAUCGCUGAAAACGUUUACAAGGAGGGGAUGGACAGCAGCUUUGUUCACAUUUUCACAUCCGAGCUCCACUUCCCACAUUCGAGCCAAUUUGAUACUUACAAGACUCAGUUGCAGCAGUGGAUCAAAGGCAAUGUCUCCAACUGUGGACGCUCCAUGUUCGUCUUUGAUGAGAUGGACAAGAUGCAGCCUGGCUUGAUUGACAGCAUAAAGCCGUACCUGGACUACUAUGACAAGCUGGAUGGAGUCUCUUAUCGGAAAGCCAUCUUCAUCUUCCUCAGCAACGCUGGAGGGGAGAGCAUCAUACAGACGGCUUUAGAUUUCUGGAGAGCAGGACGAGAUCGAGAAGAAAUCGAGCUCAAAGACCUGGAAACAUCGCUCUCUCUGUCAGUUUUCAACAACAAGAAAAGUGGCCUGUGGCAUACAAGCUUGAUAGACAAGAACCUGGUGGACUUCUUCGUCCCGUUUCUGCCCCUGGAGUACCGGCACGUCGUGCAGUGUGCCAUGGCCGAGAUGAAGGCCAGAGGAGUUCAGCCUGACCAGGAUGUGGCGGACCAGGUGGCCAGAGAUGUAGUCUAUUUCCCCAAAUCUGACAGAGUGUUCUCUGUCAAAGGCUGCAAAACAAUAGAGAGCAAGUUGGACUACUACACAUAAUGCUAACAUCUGAUGGACAGUACGUCGGAUCACUAUGUGCACUUUUUAAAAAAAAAAAAAAAAACGCUCUCAGCCAAAUGACUAAAGAGAGGAAGUCAAGCUGACUGAACUCUGCAGAGGUCUCUGCGGAGGAUUCUCUGUCUGACCUUGAGGCCACAUGGAGGAUUUCGGCAGGCCUUCUCCAAUGUUGCAUCUCUCUUACACUGAACACGGCGGCUGAUGAAAGAACACAGCGACGGUUGAAUGAAAAAAUAAUAAGACUGGAAAUGCUAUCCCGUGUGACUGAUUAGAGGGUUUGAUCUCCACUUUAUGUCACAGCAGUCAGAGUCUCAGACGGUUUUGCUGUCCUGAGAGCUUCUUAAUGACUAACAGGGUGUCCUUCUGUCAGUGAAACUAUGGGCAUGUCACUGCUGUGCAUUUUUUUUUUUUUUAAUGUGUACACCAUAUAUGUGGAUUACUGGAAACUCCUGCCUUAAUUCUUUUAAAUUCCCACUCAUUUUUUUUUUUUUUUUAUCUACUGAGUUAUUUCACACACAUGUCCACUGGACACAGCAGAGCUGCUUAGAGCAAAGUCUCACCAUUCAAAUACAGACACACGUAAUGCAGAAAACUUUUAAGUGUACUGUUUAUAUGUAUCAUAUAAGAAUCAGCAUUAGCGAGAUGUGUUUUAUACAGUGCAGCCACACACUUUUAAUAUCUAAUUUGAUUGAUAUGAUACAUCACAAAUAGAUUCUGUUAUAUAAGAGUAGUAUACACUGUAAUUGAUUUGGAUGUGUCCAUAGUGAAAUAUUCCCAGAUGUAAUUUGGCCUUACACUGUAAGAACUCAGGAUAGAAUUUUCACAAAUUCAAAUUUCUUUUGAACAAACUUGAUUUUUGUAUUUUUAAAAAUGUUAAACUGUUCAGAAUACAAAACAAAUGGUAAUGUAUUUAACAGAGUGGCUGAUUAUCAAAUAAGUUUGAUUUAAAAUGUCAAAGCCAAAGGGUUUCUCUCAAAACACAAUACCCUGUACUAUAAUAUGUCCUUAAAGAGAGGUCAAGUUAAGUCAUACAUAACUUUGUUGUGGAAGGAAAUGUUCUGUUGGUUUCUCAAAAUUUCUUUAAAACCAUUAAAAAAAAAAAAAUGUUAGGAAGCUUCUUCUAUGUAGUUGACCCCAGUUACCUGUAGUUGAAGGAUGUUUUAGUGAACUGUGAUGGAACAUUGUUGGUGUGGAUGGAAAGCAAAGACUAGCAAACUUCUCUGCUGUAAAACACCAGGCAGACAAAUCAAAAAUAAAAUCUGAAAUUUU